AUGACAAAGGAUAAUAAAAAGGCUAAAUAAUAGCCAUAAUUCAAAAAAAGCAACGAAAAAAAAAAAGGGAAGCUCAUAUGGGUUUUCUUAGUAGGAAUUAUAAUAGCGUUUGUUGGAUAUAUAGUUAUGAAAAAGAAAAGUUAGCAUAAUAUAAUUCAAGAAUAAAAAAUAACAAAUGUAAAAUAUGGUGAGAAGGUAGUUAAUAACUAUAAGAUUCUUGAAAGAUAUAAUAGAUAACCAAAUUAGUAUACUUAAUGCUUUAUGUUUUAUAACUCAACUCAUAUUCUGGAAACUUCAGGAUUAUAUGAAAUUUCAUCUGCUCAUUUUUUAAAAUUUGACAGAGAUCAAAAUUCAAUAAGUGAGCCAAUAGGUGCUUUUAAUUUUAGCUAAUAGUUUAAUAAUAGAAUAUUUGCUGAAGGAUGUACUUUAUAUAAUAAUUAAAUUUAUGUCCUUACAUAUAAAGAAGAUCAUAUGCUAGUAUUUGAUCAUGAAUUGAAAAUAGUUAAUAAAAAGGUUAAUUACCCAAGCUUCAUAAAAGAGGGCUGGGGAUUAACUCAUUACAAUAAUUCUUUGAUAGUUACAGAUGGAUCAAAUAAAAUAUAUUUCUUUGAUGAAAAUCUAGUCCUUAAAAAUAGUUUGCAAAUUAAAGGAUGCUCAAAUUCAAAUUUUUGUACUUAUUUCAAUGAAUUAGAAAUAUACAAAGGAUAUUUAUUGGCAAACUAAUACUAUAGUAAUAUUAUCUAUGUUAUAAAUAUGAUUACAGGCCAAGUAGAAAAAGAAUAUGAUAUGUAAUUCUUAGCAAAAGAAGUUGUUCAAGCUACAAAAGAUCCUUAGUACUUUAAUAAAGGAUUUGUAUUUAAUGGAAUUGCUUUUGAUGAGUUGACUGAUACGUUACUGGUUACAGGAAAGUUCUGGCCUUUUAUAUAUUAAAUUUAACUAUUAGAUUUUCCAAAUAAGUGA